AUGUCGACCUCUGCCAGCGUCUUCCGCAUCGCGCGGUUUGCCGCCAUGCGCUCGGCGCGCAUCGCUCCCUCAUCAUCGCGCUGCUUCUCGCGCACCGCCUUGGUCGGCGAGCCCAAGAAGCCGUCGAUCAAGGCCAUCGCCGAGCUGCGCAAGCUCAUGCCCGGCACGAGCAUGAUCAAGGCCAAGGAGGCCCUCCUCGCCUCGCGCCCCGCGUCUUCGCCAGACGAAGACUCGAUCGAAGCUGCACUCGAGUGGCUCGAAGCCGACCGUCGAAAGUCCGGAGCCAAGAAGGCCGACAAGGUCGCUGGACGUCAGGCACGCGAGGGCAUCGUCGCCGUCACCGUCCUCUCCGACGGCCUACCCAGCGCAGUCGAACUCAAAGGCCAGCUCAAGGACCAAGCUGUCAGUGCAGGCAUUGGAGCUACGGGUGCGGCUGCAGGCGGCAUCGUCGAGGUCAACUGCGAAACCGACUUUGUGGCCAAGAACGACGUCUUCACCCAACUCGUCAAGGACAUCGUACACACAGUCGCUCUCUUCCCCGCUCUUACAAACCCUACCGGGGCAGAGGAUGGAUUCGUCCAGAUCCCAGUGGACCAGCUGCUCGCCUUUCCGCUGCUGCCAAGCUCGCCCGAGGCCCAGGGGUCUAGUGUGGCACCCAAGACGGUGGGUUCAGCGAUCAUCGAUGUCGUCUCGCGCCUGGGCGAGAAGAUCUCGAUCGCACGUGCUGCCGCCAUCCCUCCCCCGCAGACUCCAUCGGCAGAUGCUCCGCGCCGCUCCGAGACUGGCAUGGACCGUGGCGCCUCGGUGCUGAACCUCGCCUCUGCAUUCGCCCACGGUGGAUCCGCCGGCUUUGCGCCCGCCAAGGAUGCCGCCAAACCUGGCUACGUGCUCACCAGCGGCAAGGUCGCCUCGCUCCUCACCACGCGCUUUGCCAGCCCCCAGCUUCCAGACCUGCUGGCGUCCUCCAGUGAUGAUGUCCAGAUCAACAUCCGCGCGCUCACCCGGAGUCUCGCCCGACAGGCCGCCGGCAUGCAGACCAAAUCCAUCAAGGCGCAUGCCGACAACAACGCCGAGGUGCAGGGUGAGGUGAGCACCGCGCUGUACGACCAGCCGUUCAUGAUGCUGCUUCCCGCUGCGGCGCCAUCGCCCGAGAGCAGCGCACAUCCCGUCCAAGACGUGCUGCGCUCCUGGGCUAUCCACAACAAGCUCGAGUCGAGCGACGCAGAUGCCGUCCAGGUGCUCGACAUGCACCGUUGGGAAGUCGGCGAGACUGCUGCACCUGUCGAGGCUUCCGCCGAUGACUUUGCCCAAGAAGUCCGCAAAGCCGCCGGCCUCGCCUAG